AUGAAGCCAGGUCAAGGAUCCUCUUCGAAGAAGCUUCUCGACUUUCUAAACACAAAGCCGCCUCCGAAUUACGUUGCCGGAUUGGGCCGCGGUGCUACCGGAUUCACGACCCGGUCCGAUAUCGGCCCAGCUCGUCUUCCUGCCGUCCUGGAUCGUCCGAUCGGCGAUAAUCAGAAGUUUGACGAUUUUGUAGGGAAUGACGCGGGGCUUCUCGCAUCGGCCGAAUACGACGUUGAAGACAAUGAGGCCGAUGCAGUUUACGAGGCUUUUCCGAGGAAGGAACGGAAUGAAGCUAGUUUGAUACAAGAAAUCGAGAAGCAUAGGGUUUCGAAUCCAACCAUAACGGAACAAUCCGCAACUUCGAAGAGGAAAUUGCUUGAAGUGACGCCGGAAGAAUGGGAUAACCUACCGGAAGCCAGUGAUCACAGCAUGUUUAGAAACAAGAAGAAUAAAAAGAAUAAGUACGAGAGUUUCGUGCCGGUUCCGGAUACCCUUGGAGAAAGCGAGGCGGGAGAAGGAGCUCGUAGCCGCCCCUGGACCCGAAGAGCAAGGCGGUCGACGGGACGGAGACGGAUGGAGAUGAUUACCAGUCAUCCUGAUAUUGCUGAUAACAAAAAACUUAGCCGUUUGUUCCAUUCGGUGACAAAUUCGAACCCGAAGGAACCUAGGGGUUGGAUUUCGGCCGCUAGGGUUGAGGUGGCGGCCGGGAGGUUAGCCGAGGCUCAGAAAUUGAUUAAGAGAGGUAUUGAAGAAUGCCCUAACAGUGAAGAUCUAUGGCUGGAAGCCGUUGGAUUGUCUCCACCUGGUGAGGCGAAAUCCGUGAUUGCUAGGGGAGUCAAACUGAACCCUUAUUCCGUGAAGCUGUGGAUGGAAGCCGCGAGGUUGGAACACGACAUUGUCGAUAAGGGUCGGGUGUUAAGGAAGGGUCUCGAGCGAAUUCCGGGUUCCAUCAGGCUGUGGAAGGCCGUGGUGGACCUUUCGGAUAAAGAAGACGCCGUGCUUUUGCUCCACCGAGCUGUGGAGUGUUGUCCCUUGCAUGUGGAGUUGUGGAUUGCACUUGCCGGGUUGGAAACUUAUGAAAAUGCAAAGAAGAUUCUUAAUAUGGCUCGAGAGAAGCUUCCUAAGGAACCCGUGAUUUGGAUCUCCGCGGCGAAGUUGGAAGAAUCCAAUGGGAAUGAUUCUAUGGUUGGAAAGGUUAUAGAAAAGGGUAUCAGAUCUUUACGGAGAGAAGGAGUGGAAAUUGACAGGGAAUUUUGGAUGAAAGAAGCUGAAGCUGCUGAAAGAACUAAUUCAGUUGUAACUUGCCAAGCUAUUGUUCAUAAUGUCAUUGGAAUUGGGGUGGAAGAGGAGGAUAGAAAGAGGACAUGGGUCGCUGAUGCGGAAGAGUGCGAGAAAAGAGGUUCAAUCGAGACGGCUCGGGUGAUUUACGCUCAUGCCAUUUCGGUUUUCCUCACCAAGAAGAGUGUGUGGCUGAAAGCAGCACAGCUUGAAAAAUGCCAUGGAACCAGGGAGUCUCUUGAUGCUCUGCUCCGGAAGGCGGUUACCUAUAUGCCCAAAGUUGAAGUUUUCUGGUUAAUGGGAGCGAAAGAGAAGUGGCUCGCUGGCGACGUUCCAGCUGUCCGAUCCAUUCUUCAGGAGGCAUUCGCAGCGAUCCCUAACUCUGAGGAAAUAUUGCUCGCAGCUUUCAAGGUCGAGUUUGAGAGUCACGAGCGUGAGAGAGCACGAGCGCUUCUCGCCAAGGUGAGGGUGCGCGAGGGUACAGAACGCGUGUGGAUGAAAUCUGCAAUUGUCGAGAGAGAGUUAGGAAACACCACGGAGGAAAGAAGGCUACUCGACGAAGGGGUCAAGCGUUUCCCUUCAUUCUUCAAACUUUGGUUGAUGUUAGGCCAGCUAGAGGAACGGUUAGGUCAUUUGAAACAAGCAAAGAAAACAUACGAAACCGGCCUAAAACACUGCACGAAAUCAGUUCCUUUGUGGCUUUCCCUCGCUAGCUUAGAGGAAAAAACAGAUGAUGUUAGUAAAGUGCGAGCGGUUCUUACAAUGGCUCGGAUGAAGAAUCCUCGAAAUCCUCAACUCUGGCUUGCUGCUAUUCGGGUUGAGUCUCGCAAUGGGAAUAAGAAAGAAGCUGAUAAGUUAAUGGCAAAGGCAUUGCAAGAGUGUCCAACAAGUGGUAUCCUUUUGGCAACUGAAAUCGAGAUGGUUCCUCAACCUCAGCGCAAGUUGCGAUGUUUCGAUGCCCUAAAAAACUGUGAGAAAGACCCUUAUGUCAAUGCAGCGGCAGCAAAACUGUACGUGCAUCACGGGAAAGUCGAAAAGGCUCGAGGUUGUUUCGACAAGGCAGUGGAACUUGCGCCGGAUAAUGGGGAUAUCUGGGCACUUUUUUACGAAUUCGAAAUUCAGCAUGGUAAUGAACAGACUCAGAAAGAUGUGGUGAAGAGAUGCGUUGCUUCAGAGCCAAAGUAUGGUGAAAUGUGGCAACCUAUUGCAAAGGCAGUGGAGAAUUCUCACCAGAAAACUGAAUCAAUAUUGAAAAAGGUGAUGGUCUCAAUAGGGAAGGGAAAAAGAAUCAACUAGCGACAUUAAUACGCGCUACGAUUGCAGAAUAUUAAACACACUAGAAACUGUUUCAAAGAGCAAGAUGAGAUUAGUGUGUCUAUUGAUGCAUUAGUUGAAAGAGUUGUAAAGCCUUGUGGAUUAGUUUCACAAACAUUCUCUUUUAUUUCUCUUGUAACUUUCUGCUUUGGUAACC